UGUGUAUAUGCUUGUAGAGCAAAAUCCAGAGAACCAAGUGACUUCUCCUCCUCGAGGGUUUUGGGCGACAACGACGCCCUGCGGUACUCGUGUCUGCACCGUCGGUAGCACACACGAAGAGAUUCCCGCCUGCGCUCUUCUAACCUACAACACAUCCGACCCAGUCACUCACGAGACGAUGCUGAACCGGGAAGAUCUGGUGGUGACGGUGUGGAAGCCAGAUGGCUCCGUGAGCAUUAAUCAUGCAGAUGGAACGAGAAUCACCACCUUCUACCAAGAAAGGCCUCCAAGCGCGGCUGAGGAAGCAUGUGUCCCUUGUUCAGAGGCGGAGAAAGAGAAGGUGGUGAUGGUGGAGAACGAGGCCUGCGCCACUGUGUUGAUGUACCCCGAACGACACGUGGUGGAAAUCUGGUUGGCUGAUGGGACCGUUAUCACCGGGAAUAAUACGGGAGGGUAUCAGGUGGGAUGCUUUUGUUAA